UUCUACUUCACCCCACAUUCUCAUGUCCACAGCUCAGCCACCAUUUUCCACCACUCUCACCACCACCGGUGUAGGUCUCGGCUACGGCAUCGCAAUAGCCGUAAGCAUCCUUGUUCUAAUCUCCACCAUCAUGCUAGCUUCUUACCUUUGCGUCCGUAUAAAAUCACACGGCCGUCGCGAUUCUUUCCAUCUCGAAAUCAUUCAUCAAAAUCAAAAUCAAAAUAAUACUAAUAACUCCGUGCAGCUCAGUCCAAUUAUCUUAGGCUUAGAAAAGCCCAUGAUUGAAGCCUACCCAAAGAUGAUACUUGGAGAGAGCAGAAGAUUACCUAAGCCCAAUGAAAGCCUAUGUGCUAUUUGCUUGACAGAAUAUCUUCCAAAGGAAACAAUACGGUGUGUUCCUGAUUGUCAACAUUGUUUUCAUGCGGAGUGUGUUGAUGAGUGGCUUAAGAUGAGUGCCACGUGUCCUUUGUGUCGGAAUUCUCCUGCUGUUUCGCCGGUGACUACUCCGGUGGUUUCUCCGUUGUCGGAGCUUGUUCCUCUGGCUUUUCAUGCCAGGUGAUUUUCUUUUUGUAUUUUGAUAUUUUUACAUUUGAAUAUUUGAGGUAAAUUAUCUAAAAGUUGGAAUUUCGUUAGAGAUCGAUAGAUAAUUUCCUCUAGAGUUGAAGCAAUGAUUCAAUUUGUGAAUGUGUCUCUCAAAAUUGUACAUAAUUGCAUAUAUAAUUUCGGCCAAACCAACAUUUUGGUCAU